CAAAAGCGGGAAAGUUCUGCUCAUUUGUUGUUUACAUUCAAUUCACGUUUGCAAAUUUUACGGGGUAACAUGAGCAAAAAGGGAACGCGAAUGAGUAAGCCAAAACCAGAUCCGGAUGCAGAGGGAUCUGGCAAGAAGACCACAGUCACGGCUCUGAAAAAAGUCUUGUUCGUGUCCAAAGAACUGCUGCCUAACGAUUCCGACGAUAAUCGCCUCCGACUGGAGAGGUUCUUCCACCCGGGACAGGGAAAGGAUGCCAUGUUCGUUACCCGUCCCGAUGGCCAGAUGAUGGAGCUGCUAGAAUACGCGGAACCUCGUCGCAGCUGGCUGGUAAACAGCGAGGUCUGCUCCAAUGGCAGGAUCUACAUGACCUCCCCAACGGAUCCAACGCUUCUGGCCCUCCAUCACCUCCGAAAACACUGUGGCCAAAGAGCAAUGUCGCUGGACAACAUUGCCGUGGAAGAGGCCAACACAAGUCGCCUGCUCACCGAGUUCCUGAAUUCAGACAGUCUUAAGUGCGUGGCGGAUGUAAAGAGUAUUGGUGACCAGAAGUUCUACAAGUACAACCAAGAACGAACGUUGGCCUGGCUGGCUCUAAAAACGCGCCAGGUGGCAGCAGUCUUAAAGGAAAAACAAAUCCACUGCGGGCACAGUGCUCAAUCACAGAAUUUCGUGCGCAGCGAAAAGUUGGAGACAGAAAACACCACCAACGAAAUGGACUACACACGUAUGGCCUGCGAUGUUGUGGGUCGCUAUUUGGAUGUCGAUCUGCAUGAUCUGCUAACAAGAUAUCUGCAAAUUCCCAGCGAGAUUCAGGCGAUUGUCGAAGAGAAGGCAGCUGCCCAAAAACGAAAGUCAAAGGCGGGCAAGGACGAGGGCAGCGAAUCCAAGAAAAUCAAGCUGAACGACAGCGAUGUUACCGCUAAACUGAAGAGCAGCGGUCUGGUGGACAGCGAUCAUGAUCCCAAUUCGAGUAUAACAUCACCAACUCCGGUUCCGCUGAAGGAGCGCUCGCUGACCGCCAAAGAAAAGGCUCUGGCCAAGGGAGCCAAGGGAACUAAGAGCAUCGCCUCAUUCUUUAAAGUGAAAUAGCUUUAAGUUUCUCAUAAUCUAAGUGUAAGUUAUUAUUUUUGCUCACGUUUAAUAGCCGUUUAAUUCAAUUGCAUACACUCUUAUGGCCACUAAUUUUUUAUUAAAACCUUAAAUUAAAUUUUACAUAUAAAAAAUAAUAAUUAAGCCUGGAUUUAAAAAACCGCGCGCCAAGAGCUCAUGCGCUUUGUGGUUUAUCUCUCCGCUACCCGCUAGAAAAACAUUGUCAGCUGUUGGGGUUGCCAGGGCGAAUAAAAAAUUUCAAUGCA